AUGACAGGAAUCAUGGCGCCAGCAAAGUCAACACGCGCGAAAAAAUUCGCUGCGUUUGAAGAGAAGGCUGUGAAGGACUACGACCCAGAAGCCAACGCUCCGUCCGAGAAUGAGAGCGACAGCGAGGCCGACGAAGAUUUGGCAGGAACCGAACACUACGUCAAUGUUGGCAAGAGCCAACUUCGCCAAAAGGAAGCCCCGUCACUAGGUCCCGAAUACAGGGGUGUUAGGGUCAGCCGCGCAGCCCUGGAAGACAGCAGCGAUGGCAUGAGUGAGGGCGACUCCGAGGAGGACGAUGAAGAAGGCGACUCCGAAGACUCUCAAGAAUAUGACGACCCCGAAACUGCCGACCUUGAACAAGACAACAUUAUCGACGACGAGGAAAUCGACAGCGAUGAGGCCUUUGAGGAUGGCGAAGAGGAACUUUUCAGGAAGAAGGGAUUCUCGUUCAAGGACAGUAAAAAAGCUGCCACCAAUGGCACGAAGCCUGCCACAAACGGGCGAUCGAAGAGAGCUGUUGCGGCCGAUUUCAUGUCGGGCUCGGGGAGUGAGGACAGUGAGGCUGAGGAGGACGGUGUCGAAGAUGAUCAAUCCGAGAGCGACUCUGAAGAUGACGAGCAGACAGACGAUCUUGACUCCGGCGAUGAUCUCAUUGACAGAGAAGCCGAGGAAUCAUCUGAUGAAGAGGGCUCGGAUGAGGGUACCGAAGACGAGAGCUCUGAAGAUGAAGACGAUGAGGAUGAAGACGUGGAGAUGGGCGGUACUGGGCCCAAGGACAGCCGAUCUACGAUGCGGGAGUUGAUGCAGAAGGGCCAAAAGUCCGCGGUCGCAACCAUCUCCCAAGCAGCCAAGGCAGACGCAGAAAAGGGCGUCGCAGUCCGAAAACAGAGGCGCACCUACGACUCGCUCCUGAACCUCAGAAUACGUCUCCAAAAAGGCCUCGUCGCCACCAACUCCCUAAACGAAGCGACUGAGGUUGACGACGCGGAUAAAGAGCCCUACGAAGCAGCCGAGGAGGCUGCCAUCAAGCUGUGGAAUGCCAUCGAUGGCUUCAGGGCCAGCUUACUUCCCGAGCCGAAAGCGGGCGACAAGCGCAAGCGAGAGGUCGACAUUACUACAUCCAGCGAUGACCUCUGGGAAGAAAUGCAAGCCACCGAACAGCGCGCUGUCGCCAAGCGCAACAAGGUACUCGACAAGUGGUCGACCAGGGUCAAGAACACCACAGCCACCAUGAACACUCGUCAACUGGGUGCUGCGAAAGGCUCGCAGUCCUUGGUGUCAGUGCUUGAGGACCAGAUGCUGAACUCUGACCGCCUAAUCAAGCGCACCCAAGUCCCUCGGUCCUGUGCCCCGGUCCAGGGGGCCAAGAAGGUGACCGAGGACCCGAGGAUCUACGACGACGCAGACUUUUAUCAGUUGCUACUCAAGGAGCUUGUUGACCAGCGCACAAGCGACUCAGGGGCCACUGGCACGAGCGGUGUCCCCACCGUGCGAUGGACUGCCAUCAAGGAGGCCAAGACGCGGAAGCAGGUGGACAGGCGGGCGAGCAAGGGCCGCAAGCUGAGGUUCACCGUUCACGAGAAGCUGCAGAACUUCAUGGCACCAGAGGACAGGCGGAGCUGGGAGGGCGAGGCCAUCGACCGGUUGUUUAGCACCUUGUUCGGGCAGCGGACGCAGCUCAAGGAGGACGAUUCUGAUGAGGAAGAGGAUGAUCUGAUGGCUGAGGAGGAGGGCCUCGAGCUGUUCAGGAGUUGA